AUGACAGCAAAUGCCUCGGUGAACAUCCACUACUGGCGGUGGGCGGUGCCUCCACCGAGUCCACGCCCAGGUACCGCACCAGCGGCACUUAGUCCUCCCCAACUAUCGAUACCGGUGCCUCCACGCCCAGGUACCGCACCACCGGCACUUAGCCCUCCCCAGCCAUCGAUACCGGGGGAUGAAAAUCUACCGAAGGUCCAGGGUUUGAGCCAGACUGAAUUAUUGGCAAGGGAUUUCUAUCGAACGCCGGGUAUUCAUGUCAUCAUCAUGCCUAAAGUGGAAGACAUCUUAGACAUGAAGGGAAGCGGGAAAUUUUGCAGAGAAUUAGUAAAGAAAUUCUUUCUCCCGGAAUUCUUCUUUCGAAGACUAGGUUGGAACGCAAAUGGAAUGUUUGGCAGCUCUGAAAAUCUGUCACAGUCUGAUAAAGAAAGAAGCUAUGGAACAUUCUCGCGUUUUCUCUCCAAAAAGGUAACGGAGAAAGACUCCAAGAAGGCAUCCAUGCCAAAAGUCGUGCACAACAAAGAUCCAGCCCUAAGGCCUACCCCGGAAUAUGAGUAUGAUUGGCAUUUUAUGGCCUUUUGUACUCUGUGGCGGUCUUCGCGUCUUGAUUCAAAUACAGAUAACGGCCCAGGCAAAACGGGGGAGCCUGCAGAUGAAACCAAUGUACUUGUGUGCUUUGAUCUGGAUGACGAGUUUGUCCUUCAACUGAGACGCCUACUGCAUAAUGCAGACCUCAGGAAGUGGGAGGAGGAGCCAUUUUUGAUGCUAGAGUUUGCACUGAGUAUCGUGGUGGACCAGUGUGAGGAAGAUUUGUGGAGUUUCCAGAAGCCAGUGCGGGACAUAGAGAAGUCGCGGGAAAGGAUAUUCAAGGAAACCAGCUCUUAUACCAAAGACGAGACAUUCGAUUUCCUCGUCGAACGAUACAAACAGCUUCACGAAUUAUCACGACAUGUGAUUCACAUUUCCGAAACAAUGGAUGCGGCCUCUAAUAACCUUGGCGCCAUUGUGCGAGAUCACGAUCUAUGGAUCGAGUCAAGUCUUCAUUCUUCUGCGGCAACAAAGCGAGUCUCCAAAGCGCUCCUACUUCGAGAAAACAUGAUCUCCAACUUGAAUUUCCGGGCCAAGGCUUUUGUGAGUCGGAUGGAUAAUGAGAUCAAGUGUGCCUCCAACUUUGUUGCCGUCGGCGAUAGUAACAUCUCCAAAGGUAUUCUCAAGCAAACUCGGAAUGAAGGAAAAGUAUUGUCCGACACAGUGUCUGCCCUAACUUUGCUAUUUUUACCGAGUACUUUUAUCUCGGGAUUCUUCGGGAUGAAUUUCUUCACUCUCGAGAGCAACCAGACAACGCAAAAGUUACAGUGGGAGACACAUCCGAAGAUUUGGAUUUUCUUCGUUUGCUCAAUUCCAAUUACCAUAUUGGGCUUCUUCCAUUUCAUGCUAAAGUUUGACUUCCAUGAUUUCAUCAAGGACACGCAAGGAUUCAUUCAUGACAUUUUCCAUCAAGGAAAAGGACCAGACCUCGAAAAGUCCAACGCUGGGACUCCGAGGGAUUUUGGAUUCUCCAGGCGUGCUACUUUGCACACUACAGCUUAG